AUCGGGGUAAUGCAAGUGUGCCCGCUUCAGAAAAGCAGUUCAGUUUUGACUGCGGGCGCAGUUGGCAUCCUGCGCCAACCAUGGCACCGUCAAUUCUGACCUCCGUUGCAGCUCUCUUAGUCGCGCUGUGUUGUCCCGCUGCGGCCAAUCACGCUGCUCCAGCGCAUGCGCCGUGGCCGUCGUGCGACCUGCUGUACAACUGGUACUGGUGCCGGGGGCACGACAAAGGCGGCAUCAUCUGCGCCAGCAGCGUCAAGCGCGGCUCCAUCGAGCCGGUCGCCGUACUCUGGACACGCUCCCUCGAGUCGAGCAACAAAAGCCACAUCCCAGGGCAGGAUGAGUUUGGAAUGAUAUACAAUUUUAUCAACUACGCAGGACAACUAAAAUUUACGCUGAGAUUUUGUUCUAAAUCGGACACAACGAAGACAGAACCCAUUGAAUGGCAUCACGAAGAUCCUCCGCCAUGCAAAAAGAACUGGUACAACUGCGAUCUGGUGGACGACAGGAUCUCGUGCCAGCUGAGACUGUGUCCAUGGUCUCACGAACCACUGCUGCCGGCGUCUGGGAAGGUCAGCGAUUGGUACGGCUGUACAAAACGUGACAACCAGGUUGAUUGUUACCUCAGCAGUCUUGGUGAGCGCAAGAGUCGUCCUCACACCUGGAAGCACGUGCUGUACCCCGAAUUCCACCACGAAUUCCUGCCUCACCACGAACACCCUGGUAUGCCGCCCGAGUUCCAUGGCCCAAUGAUGGAACCGGUUCAUGAGUUACCUCCUCCACCACCACCAGCCUGGAAGCACUGACUGAAACCGUAAUGGCUGCGCUUCUUCUAGUACUUUGAAGCCGAAAUGCUAUCUCCGAAAAGCCAACGGAGAUCUCGAAACCAAAUAUUCAGUACCGCAACGCUAGACUUUAAGUAUAAAUGGCAACAUUUGAAAUAAAUAUAAGUUAACGUCAAGCCAGUGUCUUUCUUCCUGUGAUACUGUUAGAUGCACAUACAUAUCCGUCAACUGCCGAAUAGUUGCAACAUGACUAAGCUCAAGUCAUGUUACUAUCACAGACGAAACACCAUAGGUAAGGCAUGUCAUGGAAGCUACCUCGCCUGACACUUACGUACAGGGUGGUCAGAAACAUUCUGAAAAGCUUGUAAGGGUGUUACAGAGUAAGCUGCGUUGUGAAACAAUUAUUCAGAAAAAAUACCAUACGUUGCUCCGUUCCCGAAAUAAUCAGAAUUGAAGUUAACCGGUCAGGCUGUUGCGGCGCCCAAAUUCAAAUAUUGUCAGUUGUUCUCAUAGCGUAUACGAUAGCACACGAGACUGCUCAGCGUUUCAUUUGGAUUCGAUCCUUAUUGCCGUCCGAUGUUCAGUUUUAGUAUGGCUCUCUUGGUCGGCUUUAGGAAGCCAAACGAAAAACGUCUUUGGCAAUACAGUGCUCACAAUGGGCUGAGUGGCUUAUUCACUGCUAACCAAUCCGUCAACCGGCGCAGCGUAUCGAAUUUUUUUCUUAACAUUUAUUUCUCAGCAGAACCUACCGUGCGACACCUUAACAAGUUUUGCAGACUGUUUCUGACCAUCCUGUAUUGCUACUGCAUCAGUUUCGUUUGAAAUUUUUGCAAUAAAACAAACAUUUUACUUAUUGAACUUUUAAAAUAUUUUUGUAUCCACGUAUACGUCUCUUAAGUUUAUUUAGUACAGUAACUGAAUUAUCUGAAGCAUUAAUGUGACUGUAAUAGAAUUAAGAUAUUUGAAAAUAUCUACGUGUCAUUGAUUGAACACUUAGCAGGAAUUGUAACUGCUGAUGACAGCUGAAUAUAAAGAAUGAAGAAAUGUUACUCAAAAAAUUCAUGAAUCUAUAAAAGACUAGUUUUGUAGUUUUUGUUAGCUUACUACAAUAACUUGGAAAUAUUUUAAUACUCUAAAAAAA